AUGUGCCACAUCUCCAUCUUCUGGCACAACUGUGACCACCUCAUCCCCAUGACCCUCACAUGUCCCUUCCAGGAUCUCCCAUCGCAUGCCACAGAACCAACAUCAACUGCCCUCCUCGGCGAGCCCUGCCCCCUCUGCAGGCAAGCAUACUCCCCAAGCAAACAAAUCCUCACCACCCACCAGAGUCUCCUAACCGCACAAACACUCGCCUCCAUCCUCAACGUCUCCGUCGCGCAACCAGGCUUCCUAGACAUGGUAGCCAGAUUCUUCGCCCGCGGUGACCACAAACGCUUCGACCAGCCCGGUCCCGAAAGAGCAGUCUAUGACCAAAGCGAUGGAUACCUAGACGCCUUGGCGGAGGAGUCCCGGCUAGCCGUCCAGGCUCUCGACCUAAGCCUAUACCUGGACCUAGACCUGGAUGACCUGUGUGACCUCACUCCAGCACCAAAUUCAGAGCUAGAGGCGCACGACGGGCACCCAGAGUCAAAUGACUCCACGCCGACGGCGAUAGCAAGCUGGGACGGGUUGAACUGGGAGGGCCGGAACGUUCACCCCUCAGCGGGAUUCUAUUACUAUUCGACUGGCUCCAGGUCCGGUUCCGUGCCGAAGACUGAAACCGAGCAAGCGCCUACGCCUACGGUUGCACCUCAGCAACUGCUAGCAGCCGGACAAUCGAGCGAAUUUGCUGUCCACGACGGCGACAGUGACGGGAGCCGGGAGUGGAGUGGAGCUCACGACCAGCUGCAAGUGACAGAUCUAGUGCCGUAUACGCCUAUCCCUGUCGCGAUACCAAUGGGAGUGGGCCACGGCUCGUCUUGCGCUCUUGCGGGGAGUGCAAGAAAUCGGCGAGGGGAGUCAGUGGAUCCGUCCUCUGUGCAUGCGCCGCGAAAGACGCAUGAGAUGCCGCGUGCCAUGCUCGUGAGGCGGAUCACGCAGCGGAAGAACGGGAAGAAAAGGCAGGCGAUGGUGUCGAUUGGGAAGUCGCCGCUGGCGCGGGGAGAACACCAGCGCAGGAGGGACAAGAGAGAGGAGUGA